AUAAAUAAUAUAAUAAAUAUGAAAGAUCAUGCGUGUGUCGAUAUUCACGGUCAUCAUACCGAUAUUAUUUUGAAAGUUUACAGUAACCGUUUAUUGUUAAUUGUAACACAAUUUAAAAAAUUUGGAUCACUAAUAUCUAUAAGUCGUGGAUCUUCAUUUAAUCAAUAUAAUAAUAGUAUAUAUUCUACUAAGGUAUUAUUUGGAAAAGAUGAUGUUGAAGUUAUAGCAGCUGCCCGCUAUAUAACAGAACAGAUUAAUACAGAUAAACCAUUAUUAAUUUCAAUAUCUUUGAAAAAUUAUGAUUCAAAUAUUUUGAAAACAAUAGUUACAACUAUAAAUGAUAUGAUAGCAUAA